AUGUUUGUGAACUGUAUUAUUUGUGACACUUUCGUGCAUAAAGUUCGCGGAAGAAAAAAAGUUAUCACUAGUGAAGAGGACGCUAGACUAUAUAGUGACUCGAGUAAAAAAACAGUUUCUGUUGGUGACGUAUUGUGUGGAAAGUGUCGGCUAAUUAUUUACAAUAGCAAAUCAAACGUUGCAUCAACUUCUGCGGCAUCUACCCUGGUAGAGUGUGAAGGCGAACAGGAGUCUGGUGAACACUUAGCAGUUGGGGAAACAUCUUCUAAUGCUUCAUUCCAACAAGAAUGUGAAAUGAAUUUACCAUGCAGUUCCGAAAGCGACCACGAUGAUGAUGAUGAUGAUGGCGAUGAUGUUUUUUCGCAUGUUGCCCAAAACGACGAAUUUAUAUAUGUACAUAUACCACGUGUUGUAUCCACCCACAACGUUAUGCAGCCGGUACGUGCUUAUGGAGGCAUUGUUCAAAGAGGUCGAGCGAGAGCUCAAAAGACAGUUCAAACCGAGCGUACUGUGCAGGCUACGCUCCCACGUGAAAGUAGCAUUAGAGUUGCGCGUGAUAGCGCAAGACCAUAUGAUAUAGAGGAAGCUAGACUCCAUAGAGCCGUAACUCGAACGCGGCCCUUAGUGGCGAGCGACUGGAACGGGCAUCUUGAGAUGACAGACGAAUGCAAACUAGGAUUGGCUUUGUUCCAGGUAGACACAAGUGAUUCAGUUAAUAAGGAAAUACACAUUGCGUUAAAAGAUGGAAUACGCUCGAAGAGGGUUGAGAUCCAUCGCGUUACUGACUACUCAGCAGUCCAGACUUAUUUAUUUCGAAGAUCCCAUUGUCACGAUUCCAGAUCUAAUGUUAAAACACAUGGGAGAUCGGGGCGUCGAGCAAUACUUGUCGAAUACACUUUAAUAUGUCUC